GAAGAAUGCAGUCGCUUUUAUUAUUAUCAUUCUGCCUGUCAUCACUUUACAUCAGCCUACAAAGUGUCAACUCACAACCAUCAAGUCCAGAACUUCAGAAUUUACAAAAACUACACAAUGAUUAUCGACAUAAAGUGAUGAAUUGUGAGCUGGAAAAUCAACCGCCGGCUAAAUAUCUUCCAGAUCUUCAAUGGGAUAAUGAUCUCGCCUACCAUGCUCAACUAUUAGCCGACGAAUGUGUAUUUCGACACAAUGAUGUUGAAUUGCCUCAAUAUAAAUAUGUCGGACAAAAUAUAGCCAUUUAUCCAACUGUUGAAAAAGCUGUUGCAGCAUGGUUUGAUGAGUAUAAGGAAUAUGAUUAUAAUACACAAUACUGUUAUGGUGUGUGUGGACAUUAUACGCAGAUGGUCUGGCAGAAUACUACACACGUUGGAUGUGGUCUGAGAAAUUGUACACAGCGUUUAGGUUAUCAGGGAAUAUCCGUCAUUUGUAAUUACGGUGAAGGUGGUAAUUGGGGAGGCCAAUAUCCUUAUGAAACAAAACCACGAAGUGAAUGUGGUAAACCAUCGACUCCAGUUCGAACAACCACACCCAAGCCAACUGUCACCACCACCAGAAAACCAACAGCGACACCAUCUCGAAAGCCAUCUGCUCCAGCGAAGACACCAAAACCCAACUGGGCAACAAUUAUAUCUACCUGGAAUCAAUAUGCUAAUGCUAAUCGUCUCCAAGGAACUGUCACACAGACAUGUGUAUGUGUUAACUGA